AUGGGGAGGGGGAAGAUAGUGAUAAGGAGGAUCGACAACUCGACGAGCAGGCAGGUGACCUUCUCUAAGAGGCGGAACGGGCUGCUGAAGAAGGCAAAGGAGCUCUCCAUCCUCUGCGAUGCGGAGGUUGGCCUCAUCAUCUUCUCCAUCACCGGCAGGCUCUACGAGUUCUCCAGCACCAACAUGAAAGCUGUGAUAGACCGAUACGGAAAAGCAAAAGAGGAGCAGAUUGGCACCAACAAUGCAACUUCAGAACUCAUGCUCUGGCAAAGGGAGGCAGCAAGCUUGAGGCAACAACUGCACAACUUGCAAGAAAGCCACAAGCAACUAAUGGGAGAGGAGCUUUCAGGCCUAGGUGUAAGAAACCUCCAAAAUUUAGAGAGUCGUCUUGCAAUGAGCCUGCGUAGUAUCAGAAUGAGGAAGGACCAUAUUUUGAAAAGUGAAAUUGAAGAGUUACACAGAAAGGGUAGCCUAAUUCACGAGGAAAACAUGGAACUCGGUGGAAGAGUACAUAUCAUGUCAUGGCAAAUAGUGGAACUACAAAGGAAGGCCAGUGAACCAAGAGGUGUUGCUGAUGCAAGCUCUAGCACUCCCUACAGCUUUAGUAUUACAACACAAUAUGCAGAUGUCCCUGCUAAUCUUGAACAGAGGCAAUCACAACAAAGAGAGGGGGAUCGAUGCAAGGAAUUGAUGGCUCCUGAACUGGGGUAA